UCUGUUGCGUCCUGCCGCAGUUCGGACGCCCUUUUUCGGGGGUGGGGUGGGGGGCUCAGUCCAGCCAUGGCCUUCACCGUGCUGGGCCCGGUGGCCGCCCACGUGCUGUACCCGGAGCUGCGCCUGCUGUCGGAGGAGGACGAGGAGGAGGAGACCCGGAGCGAGAGCGACGCCUCGGAUCGCUCCUACGGCUGCUGCGAGAGCCGUCGCAAGAGCGGGCGGCCGGUCGUGGUGGUGAAGCAGCGGCAGGCGGCCAACGCCCGCGAGCGCGACCGCACCCAGAGCGUCAACACGGCCUUCACCGCCCUGCGCACCCUCAUCCCCACCGAGCCGGUGGACCGCAAGCUCUCCAAGAUCGAGACCCUCCGCCUGGCCUCCAGCUACAUCUCGCACCUGGCCAACGUGCUGCUGCUGGGCGAGGGCUGCCAGGACGGGCAGCCUUGCUUCCGUGCCCUCCGCGGGGCCAAGGGCGAAGGGGGCGCGGGCGGGCCGCCCCCGCGCAGCAUCUGCACCUUCUGCCUGAGCAACCAGCGCAAAGGGGGAAGUCGGAGGGAGCUGGCUGGGAGCAGCUGCCUGAAGGCCAGAGGCGGGAACCAGGUGAAGAUGCUACGGUGGUGAGCCCAGGGCCGCUGUCUGUCGGAGAAGGCCAGCCAAAGGGAGAUCAGCGACUUGGAUUUUGUCUUCCUUGAGUGGGACGGUUGACGGUCAUGGAAUAUGAUGACGCAGACGGGUACAAAGAGGGGCUUGGUGGUCCGGACUUGGAGGAUGAAAGAUGCUAUGAGUUGCAGCUACCCUGGUGGUAUUACGCAGCCCAGCCAUGGAUUUUGGUUGGAUGUCAAGAGAGCCACUCGCCUUUUCCGGGGAGCGUGGCUAGAGCCCGAAGACCAAGGACGGGGAGAAGGCCAGCCCUGCCGGAUUUUUUUGGGGGGCGGUGUCUCCAAUCUCUCUUUGAAAGGCCAAGUGUUGAGACUUCAGCUCCAGACGUGACUUCUGCAACCUUCUCCAAAACUAUUUUCCCAAUUUUCCAGCGGCUGAGUGAGGGAUUUUUUUGGAGGGAACUGGGGUUUUUUUUGUAGGACAGACGCGUGGAUCCGGGAUGGCGGGAGAUCCGAGCGCGUUCUUGCUCCAAAUGCGCCUGGCUUUCUCCCGGAAGCUUCUGCUUUUCGGAAUCAGGCGUUGUUUGCCGGGGGAAACUGGUGUCCAUAUUCCCUCUGGAUGUGGAGUCGGAAGAGCUGGGAAAAGAGGAGGACGGUUGCAAGACGAUUGUGGCCUCUCUCUCGCCCGGCCUAUGAGGUCACCGUUGAAAUGUUAUUUCCUUAUUCUGCGAGCU